AUGCACAACUUAGCACCACCACCCCUUGCCACCCCGAAAUCCAGCGCCGUCUCCGGCGGUUCUCGUACACACAGGCGCACAACUUCGCGUCUCCCCGAACGAGGUGAGGGAGACCGAGGUGGUCCUACCCGGGUCCUUCCCUCCCUGCCCGAAUCCCGGUCCUGCCCGGGUGUACAGAACGAGGGCUGGAGGCGCACCGGCAGGAGGCGGGCACAGGGUCCGCGCGCGCACAACCUUACUCACGCCCCGCACACCCGAAGAGCCUCGGCCCCCGCGCGCAGCCCAAGCCGGCUCCGCUCAGCCGGGCGUUCGCCGGUCGCCUGGGCCUCGGCCCCGGGCCGCGGAGCAGAGCGCAGUGGAGCUCGGCCGCCGCCGCUCGCCGGGCUUGCCUGGCGCCGUCGGACCCUUCAAGGGAAAAGCCCCCAGCACCCAGCGCCCCACGCUCGCACCCCAAGAGUCCACGGGGAGCGAGAGGAAGGCCCGGGGCCAGCGGGCGCCCGGGUCUGGACCCAAACUUACCCGGCGCUGCGAGCGCCGCUGCCGCCGCUGGAGGACGCGCCGCUGCCGCCGCGGCCGCUGCCGGGCAGGCCCGGCUCGGGCCGGGAGGAGCGCUGCGAGGGCGCCGAGAACGGCUUCGCUUCGGCUCCUGCUCCGCGCCGACCCGGGCUGGGGUCACCGCGCUGCGCCGGCGCUGCUUGCUCGCUCCGCCGCCGGGUCGCUGCUCGCCCGCCCGCCGCCCCUUCGCCUGCUCUCCCGGGCGCCCGCCGCCGCUCGCUUUUUUAA